AUGUAUCGUGUUUUGUUCAAGCCGGUAGUGGACUAUCUCUAUCAACGGUAUAAGAUCAUCGAAACGGCGAUUCUCAUCUAUUUUCUCGGUCCUGUAUGCGAUACGAUUGUGAAGAACAUACCGGAGAAGAGUCCGUUCUGUGAUGACAGCGACGUUGAGCUGGAAGGUAUGCUACCGGACGAGAUCACCGAUGAGAUUGAGGAGAUGGCCGUGGCAGGCGAGACUGAAGGCGAAGAUUCGCUCGGCGACAUUGAGCCACCAUCUCCUCUUGAGGGCAUUCCCCAACGUAUUCACGCUUCCGAAUCCAGUGAUGAGGAGUUUGACUUGAAGCUGAGAAAGCCUGCACCUACGAGGAGGAAGCGUCAGAAAGGAGAAGGACCGACAAACAACGGUGCAGCGCCUGAGGUGCCCACAGAGGCCGAACUGAUACCGGCGCCGCCCCGACGUCGUCGCAAUGGUCGUCCUGAUUCGUUCGAUGAUGAGUUCGAGCUAUUACAAAUGACCAGUUGA